AUGCACAAAUUCAAGGACAAGUUCGAGCACGAAAUCGACCACCUGGAAGAGUCCCUCCGAGGGACGCAUGUGCAUGACGCCAAAGCCCAGGCCGUGCAUUUCAAGCACAAGGUCGGCAAGUUCUUCAACGUGAUCAACCCCAACCAUCGACACGAUGAGGAGCACGAGCAGGCCACAGACCGAAAACGCUCGGCUGUGGCCGAAUCGCACCGCUUCCAGUCGUUCGCACCUAUUCACGAGGGCAAUCGCGUCAAAUGGUAUGUCGACGCCCUGGACUACCUCUGGGCCGUCUCCGAGGCCCUCGAGAAGGCCACCGAGACCAUCUAUAUCGCCGAUUGGUGGCUGUCCCCGGAAUUGUUCCUGCGCCGCCCGCCGGUCAAGUAUCAGGAAUGGCGACUCGAUCAGGUCCUGAAGCGUCGGGCCGAGGCCGGUGUCAAGAUUUAUGUAAUUGUGUACAAGGAGGUCAACCAAGCCCUGACGUGCAAUUCGGCGCACACAAAACAUGCCCUACGGAGUCUCUGUCCCGAAGGCACUCCCGGCCAUGGAAAUAUUCGGGUGAUGCGCCAUCCAGACCACAAUGUCUUUGAAAAUGCGGCCGACAUGACUCUGUACUGGGCACACCAUGAAAAAUUCCUGGUCAUUGACUACAAUUUAGCAUUUAUCGGAGGCAUUGACCUUUGUUUCGGACGAUGGGAUGCGAACCAGCACCCCCUGGCAGACGUGCACCCGGCCGGUCUGCGAGAUGACAUCUUUCCGGGACAGGACUUCAACAACAACCGCAUCAUGGACUUCCAAAGUGUGGAAGACUGGCAGAGCAAUGAGCUGAGCAAGGCCGACUACGGGCGCAUGCCGUGGCAUGAUGUGGCGAUGGGCCUGAUCGGGGACAGUGUCUACGACAUCGCCGAGCACUUUGUGCUGCGCUGGAACUGCGUCAAGCGAGAUAAGUACAAACGCAAGGACACCGUCGACUGGCUGUUGAUGGAGGGCCGUACUGGCGAAGACGAGGACCUGAUUUCCGUGCAACGGCCCAAGUAUCCAUGUGGUGACUAUAUCCAACACCCCCUGACCCCUCUGUCCACCAAGAAGCGAGGCCAGCAGGGUUCCGUUCGGACCCAGAUCGUGCGGAGCAGUGAUGAUUGGAGCAGCGGGAUUCUCAACGAGCACAGCAUCCAGAAUGCGUAUUGCGAGAUCAUUCGCAACGCGCAGCACUUGGUCUACAUAGAGAACCAGUUUUUCAGUAUGCUCACUCUUGUCUUGUACGCUGUGGAUGGUUUAUCUCACCAAUACUUUGCAGUCACCGCCACGGGCGAUCAGCAGCGUCCCAUCUUCAACACCAUCGGCCGUUCCAUUGUCGAUGCCUGUGUCCGCGCAGGCAAGGAAGGACGCAAGUUCCGCGUUGUUAUCGUCAUCCCUGCCAUCCCAGGCUUUGCUGGUGAUCUGCGUGAUUCUGCUGCGACUGGCACCCGGGCCAUCAUGGACUACCAGUACAAGUCGAUCUGCCGCGGCGAGCAUUCGAUCAUGGGCCAGAUCGAGAAGGAAGGGAUUGACCCCAAGCAACAUAUUUUUGUGUUUGCCUUGCGUGCUUAUGACCGCAUUAACAAAACCCCUGCACUCCAAGACCUGGAGAAAAAAGCCGGGGUGACGUACCAGGACAUUCAGCGUGGAAUUGCCGAGUCCAUUAUGAGCGAGAGUGUCCAUCCGUCGAUUGGCAAGGAUGGUGACCGACACGAGAAAAGCUACGAAGCCGACUCGAGCCUGAAAGAAGAAAAGGUACAAAAGCUUGAGAAAUUCGAGGAACAGGUCGAGCAGAUCAAGGUCGAAGAGGGCAAUGGUAGCAGGGACUCGGUUGCACACACAACAAUGCUGGAUGGUGGCAAUAUGUCCGAGCAGCCCUGGGAGGGUGACCUGGAGGCUGAGAAGGGCAAUAUCGUGCAGGAGGAACUGUAUGUGCACGGCAAGGUGUGCAUUGUCGAUGACCGCAUUGCCAUCUGCGGCAGUGCAAACAUCAAUGACCGAUCCCAACUCGGGUCUCACGACAGUGAGCUUGCCAUCGUCAUGGAAGACCAAGACUUCAUCGAGAGCCAGAUGGAUGGGAAACCUUACCGCGCAGCCCGAUUGGCAGCAACGCUGCGCCGGCAGCUGUGGCGUGAGCACUUGGGGCUUCUCCCGUCGCAGAACUACGAUGCUACGGGACAUCCCAAUGCGCGGGAUCCCAGUGUGUGUUUGAACACGAUCCUUGAAGGCCCCGAGAAUGACUUUGUCACCGACCCCCUGAGUGAUGCGGUGUGGAAUACCUGGACAGGGCAGGCUAGCGUCAAUACCGAGACGUAUCGGAUGUUGUUCCGGGCGGACCCCGACGACAAUAUCAAGACCUUUGAGGAUUACGAUCGCUUCCGGCCGCGUGGGGCACAUAAGGAGGGUCACCUGUUCGAUCCGUACCAGCCAGCGGCUGAGGUGCGCCGCAGACUGGAUAGUAUCAAGGGGCAUCUGGUGUGGCUGCCACUGGAUUUCUUGUGCGACGCUGAGAUGGCGGAGCCAGGGUUGGCAGUGAAUCAGAUUACCGAGAGUAUCUACACCUAG